GAUUUAUACCGCAUUAACAGUACAUCUGAGAAGACAUGGAAGACGACGUGCAAACCUGCACCGAUAUCGCCUACGGUCCACUUGCCGCCCACAAGCUCGACGUCUACAUCCCGCUUACAGCACGUUUACGCCCGGCCGAUACUUCAUUCCCGCUCGUCGUCUUUGUCCAUGGCGGUGCAUGGCGCUCGUGAGUUUCCGUCCUUUCUGUAGAAUCUGUACAAAUUUCAUCCCAUUUUCACAAAUCCGCAGUCUGUCUGCACCGCAUCACCUUUGCAAUCCGUAAUCUCCAUUAUUAUUGUUCCAAUUAUCCUCUGCAUCGCUUGAGACUAACCACUGUAUAAUAUUACAUCCGCUACGCCGAUCUCGCGCAGCGAGGAUAAGGCUGAUCAUGCGCAGCUCGCGAAGCGCAUCGCAAUUCGUACAGGAUGUACAGUCGCAGUUCCAAAUUACCGUCUCUCUCCGCAGAACGUUGACGCCAAGCCGGAGGACACGAUACACCAUCCAGUGCAUGCGCAGGACAUCCUCAGCGCACUCACUUUCCUGGGGCCCGAAUCUGACGAAAAGAUAGUAAAGAGGUUUGACGCACCAUACGACCAGCGUCGUAUCUUCCUCAUAGGCCACAGCUGCGGCGCGCAUAUACUCAGCUGCCUAUUCGUCGACUCAUCCGCCUCGACGCCCGAGCUUACACCCCAACCCGCCUUGCUUGCCGCUACGCGUGGUAUUGCAGUAUCUGAAGGCAUCUUCGAUAUCGAUCUCUUGCUUUCCAGUUUCCCUAACUAUCGAACUUGGUUUAUCACGAGUGCCUUUGGCGAUAAGCCGACAUACGAUGAAUUCAAUGUGGUCGCCUAUCCACUCCGCGAAGGGGCUAAACAUAUCCAUUGGUUUGUGAUACACUCACCUAAUGAUACAUUGGUGGACGUCAAGCAGGCAGAGGCAAUGUACGCGCAUCUGAAAGAACUCGAAGCACAUAGCAAGCACGGGGAUACUGUUCGGAACGACUGGACCACAAUCACCUCGGAGCACAACGAAAUGCUAAAAACGAAAGCAUACAGUGACUUAGUCGGAAAUUGGAUUAACAGCCUACAUUUCCACUAAAUUCUUUCCAAUAUAAAUAAUGACAAUAUAUGCAAAGGAUGUAACGUCAAUAUCUAAAUAUUCUCUCUGCUUUAUUGCAGCUCUAUCCCUGACUUCUCGACUUCUUCAAACACACGGUCGAGCGCUGCAGCCGCCACAUCGCAGUCCUCCUUAGUGUUGUAUAAUGGCACUGGCGCGAGACGGAUCACGUCUGGCUUGCGUUCAUCUCCUAUAACACCGAAACUCUUUAAGCCAUCAGCUAUGCGCUGCAUCACGCCACAUGCAGGCGGGAGGAUCAGCAGUGAUAGCUGCAUCCCCCUUGCCUCCGGAUCGAGGGGUGUUAUGAUCGUAAAUCCUAACUUUCCAUUUUCUCCUUUGUUUCCUUGUGUGGAAGAUUUAUCAACAUCACUCGUCUCGUCACCCUCGUGACAGAAAUCCGCUCGUGGUCCAUAUAUGCUACGUACAGCUCCGGAUUUGACAUACCAUGGCGACUUUGUCAAUAGGUCUGCUAGAUGGCCAGUGAGUUGUACCGAACGUUGUCGUAAUGUCGGCAUCAUCCCUGCCUGACGAAAUACCUGUAGACUUCCCAAGAGCGCCGCAGCGCUUAGCACGUUUGGGUUGGACUGCUGAAACCCCUGAGCACCGCGAAUUGGUGAGAAUAGAGGUGGCAUUGCGAAGCGUGUCACUGGGUCAUGCCCCCACCAACCAGCGAGCCUUGGUUUCUCAGCGUCUGCCCAUUUUUCAUGUAUAAAUAGGCCGGCAAUAGCCCCUGGUCCGGCAUUGAGGUACUUAUAAGAACACCAUACGGCGAAAUCAACGUCCCAAUCAUGUAAUUGCACUGGGACGUUUCCGAUAGCAUGAGCAAGGUCCCACCCGCAAAUGCAUCCCUUCUCUUUUGCCGCACGUGUGAUGUUCUUUAUUGGAAACCAUUGACCAGUAUAGUACUGUACCCCGGGAAAGAUUACAAGCGCAAUCUCAGGACCCUCACGAUUGAUAGUUUCAAGGAUGUCGUCUUCUCGGAGUGUGUAUUCCCCCGGACGCGGGGAGAGCGCGAGUACGGCGGUGGCAGAGUCGAGACCGUGCAGCUCAACUUGUGAUGCAAAUGCGUACCAGUCCGAGGGGAAAGCCUUUGCUUCACACAAAAUUUUGUAACGCGUCGCACUUGGUUUGUAGAAGUUUCCCAUCAUGAGGUGUAGAUUAUUUGUUAGGCCGCCCAUGCAGGCGACCUCAUACUCUUUCGCACCGACUAAUUCAGCAAGCAAUGGAUUAAUAUGAUCCGUAAUACUCAUCCAAUGGCGCCCUUGUGGAUGGUUAAAAUGUCCUUCAACGGCCCUUGUUGCCCAAAUGCCGAUCUCUUCCUCAACAAGCGUUUGAGCCCGCUUUGGCAAUGCGCCAAGCGAAUUCCCGCAUAGAUAUGUACAGGGUGUGUCCAGUUUGUCGGCUGCAACAUUGCUUCCGCCAACGGCGCGGUUCGUCGGCAAUAUGAACUCCGCUCGCUGCAUGGUCGCUUCUAUGCUGGUAUUUGUUUCUCAGCGGACAGGGUAAUGGUAGACGGUGGCAAAGUGGCGUAGUAUACACAACGCAGCCCGUAGAGGGACCGUCGAUCAAUAUUACGUUUGAAUACCAAGCUCCGAAAUUAUUUGUGAUCAAGCCUAUGCGAUCCAGGAGCUCAACUCUUGUACACUGACGCCACAGCACGAUGGGAGAGAAAAAUGCGCGCAAGGCGGUCGUUGUUGGCGCAGGUCCAGUUGGCUGCCUCGCGGCACUCUCACUAGCUAAGAUGGGUUGGGAAGUCGAAGUCUAUGAGGGGAGACCAGACAUGCGCCUUCCGUCAUCAAAGGCUAGCGCUUCUCUUCGAUCUAUCAAUCUUGCCAUUUCGGCAAGAGGAAUUACUGCAAUCCAGUCAAUCGAUCCCGGUGCUGCUAGCCAUUUUCUCGAGAAUGUGAUACCCAUGAAGGGUCGCAUGAUUCAUGGCCACAGCGGUAAGCAGCAGAGUCAACUCUACGACCGAGACGGGCAGUGCAUAAAUUCAAUAGACCGAGGGCUACUCAACGAGGGGCUACUGGAAGAAGUCCUAGCGCGGCAGACCAUACGCGUAUUCUUCCAACACAAGCUCACGACUGCUGACUUCGACUCUCGUGUUCUGACAUUCCAUGAGUCAGCAGGAAAUAAAGAAGUGACUGUCCCCUUCGACUUUUGCGUGGGGGCGGACGGAAGUUACUCGAAUGUGCGGCGUCAGCUGAUGCGCUGCGUGCGGAUGGACUUCCAACAAACUUACAUACCUCACGAAUAUCUGGAACUCAAAAUGCCUGCAGGAAAAGACGCCGAAGGGAAUCCGACCUUCUUAAUAGACCCCAAUCACCUUCAUAUUUGGCCUCGUCACUCAUUCAUGCUCAUAGCGCUCCCUAACAAAGACAAAUCGUUUACUUGCACGUUGUUUGCUCCCACUGCCGAGUUUGACCGGCUGUCGGAUCCAGAACAGGCCUUGACUUGGUUCGAGAGCUAUUUCCCAGAUGCGCUACCUCUCAUUGGUGAACCAAUCAUCUUGGAAGCUUUCCAAAAUAAUCCUCGAAGCCCCCUCAUCGCCAUUAAGGCGAAUCCGUACUACUACAAGGACCGUGCCGUCAUCAUUGGAGAUGCCGCUCACUCAAUGGUCCCCUUCUUCGGCCAGGGCCUCAACUGCGGCCUGGAAGACGUACGCGUGCUUGAUGUGAUUCUGCGUGGGGAGAAAGUAGAUCCGGCUAACGCAGGGAGCUCCUCGGCGGAUGCGGUAGACAAAAGACUUGCGAGGGCCUUGAAAAAAUAUUCUGAAACAAGACACAGUGAUCUGGUCGCUAUCUCGGACCUAGCUAUGGCAAACUACGUGGAAAUGCGCCAUUCGGUCGCGACGCCUUCUUACUUAUUCCUUCGAGCUCUGAACAACCUGUUCUCAUUAGUGACUUCGAAAUCACAAGGCAUACCGUCCUCGGUCGUCCCGUUAUUGUCUCGCACGCCAUUUCCUUCGCUUUCCCCGGCUGGUUGGAUACCAUUGUACACAAUGGUCACCUUCCGCCCCGACAUUAGCUACAGCACGGCGAAACAAAAAGCAGAGCGACAGCAGAAGAUCCUCACCAACCUUGGCUGGUUGACUUCGGCGAUGGGCAUUUUAGGGGUCGGAUUUGCGGCAUUGAAGCUGGGUCAACAUGCCAGAUCCAUGCAUUAGGUUGUGAAAUAGAAUGACAGAAGAAGUAAAAUGAUGGGGGAAAAAUCCGGAAGAUGUCGUAAGCCUGGCCAAAUGGGCUGCAGCUGAAAGAGCGGGUUUUAAAUGAUAAAAACGAGGUCUGAGGGCCCAAUAUCUGUGAAGAAGUGUGUGCAUGCGGAAAU